AUGCAAAAGACUGCAACUUCUACCCAGACCCAUAAUGUGCACUCACAAGUGGUUUCCAUGUUCAUUGAAAACCUAUACCAAGAGGUGGACUUGGAGAGGGAGGAGCAGAGGGUAAAAAUGGAAAUUCUAGCCAAAGAACUUGAGUUCAUGAAGUGCAAGGUGAGAGAAGAUGAUGUCCUCAUUAAGGAGUUGCAAUCAAGUGCAGCAUGUUCUCAGGAGAUGGUGGCUGAACUUACAAAUACUCUGCAUUUCUUCAGUCCAUUGGCAGUGGAAAAUGAGAAACUGCGAAAACAACAGGAAGAUGAUAAAAACAAGGCUACUACCAGGGAAACAGAACUGAUGGGUGAAAUGCUGACUCUCAGGUCAGCUCUUGAUAGGGAAAAAUUAGAGUUUAACAACAGACUGCAGGAAGUCAUUGAUGGACAUUUGGUUGAAGUGGCAGCAUUGAAAGAUGGAUUGGCUCAAGAGAUGACCAAACAAGAGGCAAAAUUUAAGGCUUUUAUGAAGGAGAAAGAAGAGGAAGUAUGUGCUAUGAAGAGGCAAUUGCAGGAGAAACUUUCUGGUCUUGAGAAACAAUUUGCAUUGGGUGAAAGGAAGUCGGUUGGCUUCGCCCAAGGUGGACGGGCUACAUCACGAAUCUUUGCCUCGAGAUGUUCGGUAUCACCUGCUGAGCCCGAGUCUGUCGCCCAGGAGCAGGACCGAACACCGGAAGAUGCUCCUGGACCGACUCGAGCCGCGACCCCAUUAAGUCGGGAUAAUGGUUUUGCAAACAGUUUGGAACAAGUGUCAGCUAUGGAAGCUAUCAUUGAGAGACUCAAUCAUGACUUACAAAAAGCCGAAGAGAAGUAUGCAAAGCUGGAAGAGGAAAAAGCAAAAGCUGCUUUGGACUAUGAAUUCCGAAUAAGGAGAAUGAAUCUCGAGAUGGAGAGAGCCUCAGUCCAGCACAAGACGAUGAACGCCACAAGCGCUCCCACCAUCUUCAAACCUCGGGCUCCUUCUUCAGGACUGAGACCGAACGUCGCUCCAAGAGGUGAGCGCAAAGUCUCAUUCAAUCUUUCAGAGCAUGAGGCAGGCUCGGGGAAGAGCAAGAGAGGGCACGGAGCUCGUAACGUGAAGCCGGGCGGCCACCACCCGCUGGAGUCCCGGAAGCAACCAGACGAGUCGAAGGGACGGGAUGGCCAGAGCCGUGCAGCGGAGACGGGGCGACAGCUGUACGUCCAGCCGCAGACGCUCUUAGAGCCUGAUGACGAGAUGUCCUGA